AUGGCGGCCGUACACAGACGCAUAAGGCGUAACAGACGCUAUCGAAUGGCACUGCCAGCUCCUCGGGUGUUCCGUGACAGAAAGGAUCCCCUUGCCUUGGAUGAAAACGAGUUAUUUGAGAGGUACCGGUUCCGUAGGGCAUCAAUUCUGUUCCUUCACGACGAGAUUAGAGAAAAUUUGGAAAGGGAUACGCACAGGAACAUGGCCCUCUCGCCCAUUCUUUCCAUCUUACUGUGUUUAAGAUUUCUGGCCACCGGUGCAACGCAUCUUCUCAUAGGAGACAGUCUAAAUAUUUCUAGAAAUGCUGCCGGGAGGGAAAUUCGGACUGUAACCUCCUUAAUCAUCCGUGUUUUCCGAAGGUUCAUUGCCUUUCCGGUUGGUGAAAUUGCCUACAAAGUUAUGGAGGGUUUCAGACGAAUUGCAGAAACAUGUUCAAGAAGUAGCCAGUAG